AUGGCGAGAAAGAGUAAGGGACGACAAAAGGUUGAGAUGGUGAAGAUGAAUAAUGAAAGCAAUCUCCAAGUCACUUUCUCCAAACGUCGAGCUGGACUUUUCAAGAAGGCAAGUGAAUUGAGCACUCUAUGUGGGGCUGAGAUUGCUAUUAUCGUCUUCUCACUCGGUCGAAAGGUCUUUUCUUUUGGUCAUCCUUGUGUCGAGACUGUGUUGGAACGUUUUGUUAGUGGUAGUCCACCACAAGCUACUUCUGGAACCAUGAAACUCAUUGAGGCUCAUCGGAACGCUAGCGUCCAUAAGCUCAACAUGCAGCUCACUCAGGUUAUCAAUCAAUUGGAAAUCGAGAAAAAUCGCAAUGCGGAGCUUAAGGAAAUACAAAAAAAAAAUGUGAGAGUAAGUUGGUGGAUGGGUCCGAAAAAGGAAAUGAGUUUCUCACAACUUGAGCAUUUAAAGACAUCUCUUAAGGAAUUGAAGAAGAAAGUUACUGAAGAAGCUGAGACGAUUAUAAUUCAGAACAAAUUAAACAUGAUGCCUCAUGUAUUGAACGACCCAAAUGCGAUACCUAACGUGUUCAAGGAUAAUCCCAAAAUAUAUAUUCAAGGAAAUGGGAAAAAAAGAUUCUACUAA